AUUAGAAUGAGUGGGACAGAUGAAGGGUAUGUAUGAAAUUGAUUUUUGAGUAGAAGCCAAGAUGAUUCGGAUGAUCAAUAAUAUGUCAAUUCCUCGGCAAAUAUGAGUUUGUCAGACAGACUCAAAUAAUAGGCACUGGAUGUUCAGAGGAUGUUAAAGCAACUGGAAAGGGAGUUCGAAGAGGAGGAUUGCCAAACUUAUUAUAUUUUGAGCAAGAAGUAUUUAAAUACAUUCGAUAACUUAGUUGGCUCGACAAAUGGAAGCAGUAUGUGUCUUACGAGAAUGUGGUGAAUAAUUAAAGUGUUCCCAACACUUCUGGAAAGGUGAUGCCUCAAAAUUUCAAUUACGAUCUUAUUGAGCCAUAUGUCAAUGAAUGCUUCAAGUAUUACCCUCUCAGCACAAACCCUUGGAAUUUAUGGUUGAAAUCCAAUCUCGACGAAGGCACACACUAUAUAGUCAUUUCGCAACAACUUUCGUCCUAUUUCAAUCAAUAUUACCGAGGCACGAACAUCCUCAGAAAUGCCACAGGUAGAGGCAAAGACAAGAAGGUCAUUGUUAAUUUGUUGAAGGUAUGAAGCAUCCUCUUACUAGAAUAGUUUAACGCAAUCCUCAUGAUUCCCAACACAGUCAAUCAAAUUGCUUAAGACAACCUCACUCAAUUGGAAAAAGAGUAUAUGUAAGUGGAUGAGAAUGCCAAUCUCCAAGACUUUUACACCACCGUUCUCAGAACAGUACCCACUUUCAGAGGAAACUAUAACAGUCAAAAUGGAGUUCGCAUAUGGAGAUACACCAAUGAUACCGAUCCUCACAAGGCACUCUUUGCUGAAAUCAAAAAACAAGUUGAAGACCUGGAUUUUAAUGAUGACUAGGUCUUCAACUUUUCAGGGUCUCCAGUUUCAAUUUCAUCAGAACUCACUUUUAAAUCAUUGAAUUUGACUGAUAAAGAUAUUAUCAUUAUUGAAGUAUCCAAAUACUCCUAUGUAGUUCCAACAAGUGAAUAGGCCCUGGUGCAUCAGACACCCUUCUGUCCCAGUCGAAGGGAAGUGUGAGGGGUGUUCUAACAUCACCGUAUUAACAGUUCUCUGUGUCUGCAAAAAGGUGUCCUAUUGCACGGAACAAUGCAGAAUCAACGAUGAGCGAUUCCAUCUCCCCAAAUGUGAUCGUCUUGGUUCAGAUGAUGAAUAAGUCAAAUCCAUACACUAGACUGCAACUUCGGUCAAUGGAGUAGCUGGGUUGUCCAACUUAGGUAACACUUGUUUCAUGAACAGCGGGACUCAAUGUCUAUCAAACACUUAUUAGCUAACAUAAUACUUUUUAUCGAACAAGUAUUUUGAAGAAAUUAAUGAGGAUAACCCAUUGGGAACUAAAGGCUAAUUAGUUAGAAAAUUCGGAUCACUACUCAAAAAGUUGUGGUGUGGUGAUAAAAACAUAGUAAUACCAACAAGCUUUAAAAAAGCAGUUGGUUAAUUCCAACCUAUGUUUAAAGGAUAUUAAUAACAUGAUUCUUCAGAAUUGAUUACAUUCUUAUUGGAUGGAUUACAUGAGGAUUUAAAUAGAGUGAAAAAGAAACCAUAUGUGGAAUCUAAAGAUCACCAAGGUCGACCUGAUGUUGAAGUUGCCAAGGAAGGCUGGGAAAACCAUUUGGCCAGAAAUUAAUCAAUAAUAGUAGAUUUAAUGCAUGGCCAGUACAAAUCAACUUUGAGGUGUCCAAAUUGUUAAUAGAUUUCAAUUACUUUUGAUCCUUUCUUAACUGUUGGAUUAGGUAUACCAAAUAGGAAAUAAAAGUCCAUCUAAAUUAAAGUGAUUAAGUCUGUAGUCUCUUUUGAUAUUAAGUAUAUCCAUUUUGAUGGUUCCAAAAAGAAUCUAUCUCUUAAAGACUUCAUAAAUGAAUAUGUAAUAAACGAAUUUAAAAUUGAUCCAGACAGUGAAUUAGUAUGCUAUUCAUCUGUGAUGAAUGAUUUAUCCGAUCCGAUCAAUCCUGGGUAGGAUAUUAACGCAGUGAGGAAGAAUUCCAAGAGAGGAUACUUGGUGGUGAAGGUGGUGAGUCAGGAUGAAAGGAGGAUAGAAAACGAUGAACGAAUCUAUCUGAAUUAUGUUCAAAAAGCCUAUGAUUCAUAUGGACACAAUUUCAAGAAAAUAAUACAGCCUUCGACUUACUUAAUUAUAAAGAGAGAGUACAGUUUAGCUAAGAUUCACUUGAAGAUAUUCCAGUCUCUGUUACCUAUAUUUUGCGAUAUAGUAAAGGAAGCUGAAUUGGAUACAGAAGACAAGUUGAGGGAGUAUUAUGAAUAGCAUAUUCAUGGAAAAGUACAUGACUUCUAUUUAUAUUCUUAGUAUUAUACGGUGAACAAUAAGCAGAGCAUUAUGUUAAUGCAGAAGAAGUGCAUCUUCUGCAAUGCUAAAAAUUGCCAGGAAUGUGAAGUGAGUUAUUAUACAGAGGACACUUUCGAGAAGGUCUAGCAGAAACAAAUGGUAAAUCCGAAUGAUUAGAUGUAAAAGAUAGAAUUGGUAGUGUUUUGGAAUAAGAGUCCAUUCCAAAACAUUAAUGCUGGAGACAUCUAUCAAUAUUACUAAAAUCAGCAGUACAGGAAAUAGAUUGAAGGUAUUUAAUAAUAUCAAAUAUAGAGGAGAAUAACAAUGCAGAUUAGGAGAACAAUGGAAAAGGAAAAAUGAUGGGAAAGAACAAUUCAUCUUCCUAUGUCAUGAAUCCACCACCCAAAGUCACACUUCAGGAAUGCUUGAGAUUUUCUGAAUAGCCAGAGCAAUUGGCUGAGGAUAAUGCUUGGUAUUGUAAGGUGUGCAAGGAACAUGUGCAAGCCUAUAAAAGUAUGCAAAUCUAUAAGGUAUCCAAUUUCGAAUAGAGAGUAGGCUUCGGACAUUUUGAUUUUUACUUUAAAGAGAUUCAAGGCGUCACAUGGAUUUUUCAAGUAGAAAUUGGAGACAUUUGUUGAAUUCCCAGUCAGAGGUUUGGAUCUGACAGAUUUCAUAAUAAAUUAGAAUAAACCUCAUGAGAAUUUUCAGAUUGAGGAGGAGUAGAAGAAGUUGAUUUAUGAUUUGUAUGCUGUGUCCAACCAUUUUGGUGGCAUGGGUGGUGGACAUUAUACUGCUUAUGCAAAGAAUCAUGUAAGAUUUGGGGUGAUUUAUUAAUGUAGUUCAACGGUCUAUGGUAUAAUUUCGAUGAUUCCCAAGUGACUGAGUUGGAGGAGGAUCAGGUUGUAUCAAAAAGUGCCUAUGUUUUGUUUUAUAAGCGUAGAAGUGAAUAAGAGUAGACUUAAACAUUAAAUACGUAGGAGUUAAAUUGA